UCUCAAGCCUGCAGAUAUUUCCCUUUUGAGCUUUGAUUAGUGUGGCCUAGUUGUUGUUUUCUCAUGAAAAAGGCUUCCGCUAUGCAUUGCGCACUUUUGCGCUUCUGGGUUUCCUUGUUGCUGCUUGCCAGCUUCAGUUUUGCUCCUUCUGUUUUGGCCAAAGCUGAAAUUUCAGGGAAUGAAGUGAACACACAUGGGAAGGUUGUAAGUGAAGAGUUAACCAAAUCCAGUCUAAAAGAACAAAAUGAAGAGGAAAAAUUCAAAGGAUUCUUUCCAAAACCAAUUCCAAUUAUUAAACCUAUUUCAAAGCCCAUUCCCAUUAUUAAACCUAUUCCAAAGUCAAUUCCUAUAGUUAAACCUAUUCCUAUUCCAGUUUAUAAGCCUAUAUCAAAACCAAUUCCCAUCGUUAAGCCUAUUCCGAAGCCAUUUCUGAUUGUUAAACCAAUUCCUAAUGACGAAGAAAAAUUCAAAGGUGUUUUUCCAAAACCUAUUCCCAUAGUUAAGCCAAUUCCAAAGCCAAUUCCCAUUGUUAAGACUAUCCCUAUUCCAAUAUAUAAGCCUAUACCAAAAUCAGUUCCCAUUGUGAAACCAAUUCCUAUUAUUAAACCAAUACUAAAGCCAAUUCCCAUUGUUAAGCCAAUUCCAAAGCUGAUUCCCAUUGUUAAGCCUAUACCAAACCCAUUAAGAGUGAAAAAGUCUAUCCCUGCUUUUGGGUCAGAGGAAUUUUUAAAACCAAAACCUUUCUUUGAAAAGCCUAUUCCUAAACUACCACUUGAUCCUAAAUUCAAGAAACCUCUUCUACCACCAUUGCCAAUUCACAAGCCAAUUCCAACCCCAUAAAAUGAUAACACUCUACGCCAUAAAGCUAUAAGGAUAUUCCUUCCGUUUCUAAUGCCUUUAUAUAUAUAAAUGCACCGCAUUAAUUUCAACCUGAAUCAUGAUUUCGAUAAUCCUUUCGUACCCCUCUUGUGUACUGGAUUGGAAUAUAUAUGUACUUGAUGUUUUCUAUGUAAUGAAGGUCUCAAUAUUAUUAUUUGUAAGAUUAAUUAUAUUAUUAAGAAAUGGUUCGCUUUU